AUGAAACACUAUUAUCGAGCUCACGUCCAUAAAAUAUUUCCUACGCGAAUACAGCUCCGCAGAUUCUCACAAUUCCCGGCUCGCCUCGAUCUAACCCCCUUCACGCGCCGAUUAUUGAAGCUUCCAGCACCUCCAUCACCACCAUCUCAAAACCACAAUGACCUCCCCUCCUUCCUAUCCUACGCAGAGCGGACCUCUCUCCCCGAAACAACAACAACAUACGUCGGCACGCACUACGAAUACACAGUCCUACUAAGCUUGCGACAAUUCGCAUUCACCCUCGACCGAGUCGGGGGACGAGAGGAUGCCGGAGUCGACCUCAUCGGCACCUGGCACCUACCGCAGAGGGAGCGGCAUGCCCUGCGGGUAUUCAUUCAGUGCAAGGCACUAAAGGCGAAACUGGGCCCGAAUCUGGUCCGUGAGUUGGAAGGUACGUUUCGCAAUUCCCCGGUCGGAUGGAGGACGGGAGAGAAAGUCGGGAUUCUAGUCAGCACGCGGGAAGCUACGAAGGGGGUUCGGGAUGCGAUGGCAAGGAGCGCAUAUCCACUACUGUGGAUGAUGAUGGAACGUGAUGGGACGCUUCGGCAGGCUCUGUGGAAUGCGAAGGUAGAGGAAUUGGGACUUGGGCCGUUGGGCGUAGAAACUAGAUACGGAUGUCGGCCUGACAGGUCCGAGGAGAAGAGUAUUGUCUUGACCUGGGAUGGUGAGGAUUUACCCGAUAUGGAUCAAGUCGAGAAGAGGAUCUCCGAGCUUGAGACCGAAUGGUUAGCAUCGUGGGGUGCGCGUGGUUUAUCCGACGCUGGCAAGCUCGAGUUGUUGGAUAUUGUAGAGAAGUCCUUUCCUGAUGUUGGGAUAGGAGGGGGAUGCAGUACAUUAUCUGACGAAGAUCGGACCAAGGUGCUGCAGGUAUUGAAUGCCAGGUUUCAUGGGCCUGCGCAAGACACGGAGGGCAGAUGA